UCUCUUCUUUCUCCACCCCCACCCCCCCACCCAACCCCCCACCUCGCAAUCUCUACACCCUCUCCUCACCCAUGGAGAAACACUUAUAAUUUUUCACGUCUGCGUCAAGAAAUUCACGAGAUGGAAUCCAAGGGAUGUCAUGUGUAAAGAACAGAUUGUCUCACGUAUGCCCACUGCUGUGUUAUCGAAUAUUCGCUGACUUUUAUGGGACUGUCCAAUUUGCCAACUUUCAGCUUUUGUAUGAUUACGCACUUCAGUCGUGGCGGGAUUAAAAGCAUUAAUUUGAACUCGUUUGUGGGAAGAGUUUGCAUUAGGUCGUAUUAAUUAUUAAUCUAUAAGUAGAGGGUGAACAGUUAUUAAUCCCGGAAGUCUGACCCCCUGCUCCUACUCCAAUAAUGAGGGAAGAGACUGGCUUCUUUGUCGUCAGGAAAGGAGAUCUUGUUGGUGUGUACAAAAAUUUGAGUGAUUGCCAGACUCAAGUUGGAUCAUCGAUAUGUGAUCCUCCUGUUAGUGUUUAUAAGGGAUAUUCUAUGCCUAAGGACACCGAGGAAUAUCUUCUUUCUUGUGGGCUCAAGAAUGCUCUUUAUUCUAUAAGAGCCCAAGAUCUAACUGAAGAUCUUUUCGGCACUUUGGUACCAUGCCCUUUUCAGCAACCUUCUUCUUCCAAAGGUGGAACAUCAAAUGAGCACAUUGCAAAGAAAAGGCCACCUGAGGCAAUGUGGUCGGACUAUGCGGACGCUGUUGGAUCAGCAGUUAUGUCAAAUGAUUCUCUAAGAAAGCAUGUGAAGUUAGAACAUAAGGCUGAUCCAGCUCUAUCAUCGGGUCGCUCAUGUUCUCUUGAAUUUGAUGGUGCCUCAAAAGGAAAUCCCGGACCAGCUGGGGCCGGAGCUGUCCUACGAGCCGAUGAUGGAAGUUUGGUCUGUCGGCUUCGUGAAGGUUUGGGUGUAGCAACAAGUAGUGUUGCUGAAUAUCGAGGCUUUAUUUUAGGCUUAAAGUAUGCACUUAGCAAAGGAUUUCAAAGUGUUCGUGUUCAGGGUGACUCUAAACUCGUUUGUAUGCAGAUCCAGGGUCUUUGGAAGGUUAAAAAUCAAAACAUCUCGACCCUAUAUGAGCAGGCCAAGCAACUGAAGGAUAGGUUUAUUUCCUUCCGGAUAAUUCAUGUUUUGCGGGAGUCAAACUCCGAUGCUGAUGCACAAGCGAACAUGGGUGUCGAUCUGCCUGAUGGCCAAAUCCAAGAGGAAAUUGACAAAUAGCCCGGGGACAGUGGGGGGUCGAUUUAAAGGUCCACUCCCGACGAAGAAUGCAGUGACAAAUGCAGAGAGAAGGGUUUUACGCUUAGCAGCCUGACUUUCAUGAUGUAACAGUUGCUCGUUUAGCGAGAUCUGCUGAAACUCGACAUUUCUUCCCCAAAAGGUGGUGGUUGCACAUGUGUUCUUUUUCUCCCUUUUUUGCAGAUAUGGCUUAGCGUCCAGUUUUGUUAAUGUUAUUGCAAUUCGACGUGUAAAUGUUAUUGAAGCAAAGUGGCUAGUAACCGGCACCAACAAGAAACACCAUUCUUAAGCCUUGCAUUCUCUCUGAAUGGCACAAAUCGAGGUAUAUCUGAGAUAUUAUUGAGAAACACGACUUUAAUGCUUGGCGGGAAACGUUUGGUAGUAGUAAUUUCUGUGUUAUUUGCCAUUUCUGUGUAGUUGGAAGAUUUGUCGAUCUCAUUUUUCAUCGAUGUACCAUAUAAGUUAAAAAGCCUAUCUUGAAUACUACCUUUGCACUGCAAUAUUCUCUGUGAAUCUUAUUGUGUUCUACUCA